AUGAACUUACCGGAUCACAUAACAUCGAAUACCGAGUCCAACAUGAACUUACCGGAUCACAUAACAUGGAAUGCCGAGUCCAAUAUGAAUUUACGGGAUUACAUAACAUUGAAUGCCGAGUCCAACAUGAACUUACCGGAUCACAUAACAUGGAAUGCCGAGUCCAAUAUGAACUUACGGGAUUACAUAACAUCGAAUGCCGAGCCCAACAUGAACAUACGGGAUCACAUAACAUGGAAUGCCGAGUCCAACAUGAACUUACGGGCUUACCUAACGUCGAAAGCCGAGUCCAACAUGAACUUACCGGAUCAAAUAACAUGGAAUGCCGAGUCCAACAUGAACUUACGGGAUUACAUAACAUCGAAUGCCGAAUCCAACAGGAACAUACAUGAUUACAUAACAUCGAAUACCGAGUCCAACAGAAACUAUCGGGAUUACAUACCAUCGAAUGCUGAGUCCAGUAUGAACUUACGGGAUUACAUAUUGUCGAUUGAAGAGCUGAACAUUAACUUAUGGGAUUACAUGCCAUGGAAUGCCGGGUCAAGCAUAAACAUACCAUCGAAUACCAAGUCAAAUAACCCUCAAACUAAAAAUUAA